UUCAUCCUAUAUUGAACUCUGGUAAAUGGAGUGCACUGACCCAAGAAACGAACAGAGCUGGUCACUGACCGUACCUAAACCGAUUCACUGUUUACAUCCAGUUUUAAAUUUCGAACUGUCAAGGUGAAGCGUGGUGAUCUGUUAUUGUCACGCUUGAGUGCAUAAGAAAGCGUCGAUCGCAUGAAAAUUAAAGAAAUUCCACGAAAUAAGUGCCUUGAGGAAAUCAAACGUGUUCGUACAAGAGUAAUUAAAAUCAUUUUCCACAAAAAUGUCAAGAAUAAGCCAUACCGGAGCGGGAUCGAACAAAGUCGAGCUUGAAUUCCUGUUCUCAAACAAAGAAGGAUCUGCUAGUGAACAUAGUAUCUCAAGCAUGGUAUCUAGUAUUUCUGCAUCACAAGAUGAAAAUUUUCGCGUGUCAAAACAUGCAGAAAAUAGUUUUAAAGUUAUGGAAAAAUAUUUACAUGAACAACAAUUGACAGAUGUCAUAUUAAUUGCAGGAAAAAAACGUUUCCCUGCACAUCGUUUAGUACUUAGUGCAAGUUCAGAAUAUUUUGCUGCCAUGUUUACUAGUUCUCUGAGGGAAUCUACACAAAAUGAAGUUGAACUAACGGGUGUUGAUGGGGAUGCAUUAUGGACUUUAGUUUGUUAUUGUUACACAGGUUGCAUAGAAUUAAGAGAAGAUAGUAUAGAGACUCUUUUAGCAACAGCGUGUUUGCUACAAUUGAAUCCAGUUGUUAAGGCUUGUUGUCAAUUUCUCAGGAAACAACUUCAUCCAAGUAAUUGCUUAGGGAUAAGGAUGUUUGCUGAUACACAGGGUUGUUUAGAUUUAUUAGAUCAUGCCAAUGCAUAUACAACUAAACAUUUUAUGGAAGUUACAAAAAAUCAAGAAUUUUUAUUAUUAUCUGCCAUUGAAGUUGCCAAACUUUUAGAAUCUGAAGAUCUGAAUGUUCCUUCAGAAGAAAUUAUUUUUCAUGCACUUAUGACAUGGCUAGAAUAUGAUUCAGAAAGUAGACGAAAGGAUGCAAGCAAGUUAUUAAGCCUUGUGAAGUUGCCCCUAUUGUCUCCUGCAUUUAUAGCAGACAAUAUUGAAAGCAAUGAAAUGUUCAAAGAUCAAAGAUUGGCACAGGAAUUAGUUAUGGAAGCAUUGAAAUAUCAUCUUUUACCUGAACGUAGACCAUUACUUCAGUCAGGACGUACAAAACCCAGGAAAGCCACAGUGGGUCAUAUGUUAGCUGUUGGAGGAAUGGAUGCUAAUAAGGGUGCUACUUCUAUAGAUGCAUUUUCUUUACGUGAUAAUGCUUGGAAAUCGAUUGCUACAAUGAGUGGUAGAAGACUUCAAUUUGGUGCUGUUGUCGUUGAUAAAAAAUUAAUAGUUGCUGGUGGAAGGGAUGGAUUGAAAACAUUAAAUACGGUGGAAUGUUUUGAUUUUUCAACAUUUACUUGGAGUACACUAUCACCUAUGAAUAUGCAUAGGCAUGGAUUGGGGGUAGCUGUGUUAGGUGGACCUUUAUAUGCAGUUGGUGGUCAUGAUGGUUGGAGUUUCCUUGAUACUGUAGAAAGAUGGGAUCCAGCUACACGUCAAUGGAGUUCAGUUUCUGCUAUGUCUAUACAAAGAUCUACAGUUGGUGUUGCUGUAUUAAAUGAUAAAUUAUAUGCUGUAGGUGGAAGGGAUAUCAGUUCAUGUUUAAAUACUGUGGAAUGUUAUGAUCCUCACACAAAUAAGUGGACACCAUGUGCACCAAUGUCAAAACGACGAGGUGGUGUGGGCGUGGGUGUUGUAAACGGAUGUCUUUAUGCGUUAGGUGGUCAUGAUGCACCUUCUAGUAAUCCUAAUGCUAGCAGAUUUGAUUGUGUUGAAAGAUAUGAUCCUAAAACAGAUACAUGGACUAUGGUAGCGCCAAUGAGUGUGCCCAGAGAUGCAGUUGGUGUUUGUGUGCUUGGUGAUAGACUUAUGGCUGUAGGGGGUUAUGAUGGUCAACAAUAUCUUACGCUUGUUGAAGCAUAUGACCCACAUCUUAAUGAAUGGGAACCAGUUGCUCCCUUAAAUGCUGGUCGUGCAGGAGUUCCGUGUGUUGUUAUAAAAAACUUAACUAGUUUCGGAUUUGAUUAAUAGUAAAAUACUGCAUGUGCACAACUACGAAAUAUUGAAAGCACAUUGAAGUAUUUUAAUUGAAAAUUUUAAAUCGAAGGAUGAAUUUGUAAAUGUUACUACAUUAUAAAAGUAGCAUUAUUUUGUCUAUAAAU